GUUGUAAAACUCAUUUAUAAGUAUUAAGCAUAGUCUGUACAAUUUAUGUAUGUUUAAAAGAUUUUGUCCAUUUAUAAAACACGACCUUUAGUCCGUCCCCCUAGGUGGAAAAUCCUAGCUCCGCCAAUUGCUCCAACAACUAGACUGCCGGAAACUAGAACACAAUUAUGAGCUUUGUAUUCUACGGAGUAUUUAACUAAUUUAAACUCUUUUUUUGGGCUUGGGACCUAGCCUAGCUCCGCCAAUGCUAACCAUAGAUUAAAAACAAAAUUAAAACAGAGAAACUACCAAGUAAGUGAGAAGAUAUCAGAAGGAAGACAGAAGAAAAUUCUGCUUGACUUAUGAAAUGACAGAAAUCUCCUCUUCAAUUAUUGUAGUCAAAGUACACUGAAUGAAUUUAGUUCUAACUUGAUGAUGAUGCUCAAGUUUUUUCACUCACACCCCUGCCUGCUCUAUUUUCUGAAGUGUUAAUCCACCUUCCCCUUUUUCCAAAAACAAUAGAUAAAAAAAAAAAAACCGAAACAACAGAUGGGCACAAUCGUGAAUAGAAAGAAUUUGUUACAAGUAUACAUUUUGCACUUCUUGGUCGUUUUUGCUUUAGGAAAAGACACCAUUUAUCCCGGCGAAUCUAUCUCCGAAGACGAAGCAAUAACCUCUAGAAAUGGUGUUUUUGCAUUUGGUUAUUCAUACUCUUACAAUAUUAUUGGUAUAUGGUACAACCAAUAUCCUGUUGAAUAUACUACUGUGUGGACAGCGAACAUCGAAUAUAUCCUUGAAAGCGAACUGCCCCAACUUAAUCUAUCUGUUCAUGGUAUCCUAACAUUCAGCUAUGCCGAGGAAAAUUUCAUGGUGAGUUGGUCAAGCAGGUCAUCUUCAGAGUACAAUUCCACGAAAUUAGUCCUCGAGGACAACGGUAAUCUGGUACUUAAGUGUAUUUCAGAUAACAACAUCAUCCUCUGGCAGAGUUUUGAUUAUCCUACCGAUACGUGGUUACCUGGUGCCAAGGUCGGGUUCAAUAAGCUUACUAACACACAACAAGUCUACGAAUCCGGUGAAUUCUCUUUUCAGAUGGAUAACAAUAGAUUCAACUCUAUUAGUCUGACAAAUGGCUCUUGUAGGCUCAAAGGAACCUCUUUCUCUUGUAUGUUGAAAUUAGGCUGGUAUAAUGACCAAGCAGACAUGCUUCUGUUUGAUCACACCACCAUCUCCCUCGUGUCAAAUUCGAAUGAGACGUAUUUCACAUAUUCAGUGACAAACUCCUCCAUCUUAACACUAAUUAAGAUGGACGAAGACACUGGGUUAUUAACUCAAUAUACGUGGUUAGAAUAUUACCAACUCUGGAAGCCAUCCAAAUGGAGGUUGGCUGACACAUUUUGUGAUCAACUUGCAGUCUACAACAAUGAAAUGGAUAAUUUGCUGAACUACACAUCUGAAUGUGUAAACAGAAGUCCUUUUCAAUGCCAUGGUGGCGAAAAAGAUGGCUUUCUACUGCUGCACAAUGUAACACUACCUUUGGACUUAAAGGACGGUUAUUUCAGUACAAUCAGUAGUAGUCAAGAUAUGUGCAAAUUAGAUUGCAAGCGAAAUUGCUACUGUGAAGCCUAUGUUGGUGGCGGUAACUUAGAUUGUCAUAAUUGGUAUACCUUGCUAGCUCUUGAUCACUCUCCAGGAUCAAAUGUAUAUGUAAAACUUGCUACAACUAAGGCGAGAAAGGCUAAGCCUAGAAGUAAUUCAUUAAUCAUAGGAGCAGCUCUUGGUGGAUUGAGUCUAAUAGUCGCAGCAGUAGUCUUCCUUUGGAAAAGCAGAAGAAAAUAUUCUGUACGCGCAUCAGAGCCAGAGGAGGGCUCUUUAGUUCUCAUGAAAUACAGUGCUCUCCGCCGUGCAACAAAGAAUUUUACCAGUAAGUUGGGUGAAGGAGGGUUUGGUUUUGUCUACAAAGGAACCUUACCAAAUUCAUCGUGUGAUAUAGCUGUAAAGCAUCUCAAGAUCCAAGGCCAAGGAGAGAAACAAUUCAGAGCAGAAAUAAGCACCCUUGGAACAAUCCAUCAUUCCAAUCUUGUGCAUCUUUGGGGUUUUUGUGUUGAAGGCUCAAAGAGGUUUCUAGUCUAUGAGUUUAUGCCUAAUGGGUCACUUGACAGGCAUAUAUUUUUUGACAGCCGCGGAAAUUUGGAUUGGACAACAAGAUACAAAAUUGGACUAGGGAUUGCAAAAGGGUUGGCCUAUCUACACAGCGGGUGCAGGGAAUGUAUAAUACACUGUGACAUUAAGCCGGAGAAUAUACUGCUAGAUGACGAAUAUAAUCCCAAGAUUGCUGAUUUUGGCCUUGCAAAACUUCUAUGCAGAGACUUCAGUCGAGUGCUGACAACUAUGAGAGGAACAAGAGGCUAUCUUGCACCCGAGUGGAUUUCAGGUUCACCAAUUACAUCAAAGGCUGAUGUAUACAGCUACGGAAUGAUGCUUUUUGAGAUUAUAUCUGGCAGGAGAAACUGGUCUAUAAGAACCAAUGGGGAAAACGAUUACUUCCCAAUUCAAGUCAUGCAGAGAUUGAUGAGUGGUGAAGAUGUUAUAAGCUUGAUAGACAGUAUACUAGAAGAAACUGUCAAUUUAGAGGAAUUAAUCAGGACUUGCAGAGUUGCAGGCUGGUGUAUCCAAGAAAACGAGGAAGAUAGGCUGUCCAUGGUAAAUGUCGUACGAAUUUUGGAAGGAGUCACACAAGUGGCUAAUCCUCCAAUUCCAAGAUAUCUGCAACAUGUUACAGAAAUCCCGGAGGUUUCUACAGCUUACCAUACAUGCAUUGUUGAGUGAUAAUCGACUCGUGAUCAAAUGGCAGAGAAUUAUGUUUACCUGAAAUAAUAGCCAUAUCAUGUUGCUAAGUACAAAUUUGCAAAAUUAGGCCAGAUUUCCCUUCUGAUGUUUUCUUGAGCGUACUGCUGAUAUGCUGUAAUAGCUUAUGAAUAUUAUGUACAAGAAUCGAAAUUGUAUUAUUCCUUUUUCAAAUGCAGAC